AAAUGAAACUAUAAAUUAUAAUGUGAGUGUGUUUGUAUUCUGCAGUAUGUAAACUGGGUUUAUGCAUAGCAGUUUAAUGUGCUUAGUUUGCCUAGAAUUCUAGUCAUUUUGGAUUGUGGACAUCAAUAUAGCAUGCCUGCUUUUUAUAGAUUUUGAUAUAAAGUAAAAAAAAAAUAAAAAAGCUUUCCUCUCAAGACUUAUUCAGUGGAUUGACUGCUAUCUGAAAGCAUCAAAUACCUUUGGGGCUGAAGCUGGAGCACACAAGUGAGGAAAAAGACUGCAGGGAGAAAGAAAACAUGCAGAAUCUGUGUGCUACAAAUGGGAGAACAGAGCAGUGCUGUGGGGAGCACAGACGGAGACUGGAGUUGUUCUGCCAGGAAGAUGAGGCCUUUGUUUGUGUCCUGUGUGUUCCCAGACAUUCCUGCCACAGAUUUGUGUUACUGAAUGAGGUAGCCAGUGUGUAUAAGGACAAAGUAAAAGUAUCCUUAUCAGUUCUUGAAUCCAAAGCUAUUGAUCUCAAAAACUUGGUAAACAAGAAAGAAAAGGAACUUGGAGACGCAGACGAAGAUGCUUAUAGUUUGGAACAGUACAUUACACAAGAAUUUGCAAAACUGCACCAGUUUCUUCAUGAGAAGGAGCAAAAACUAAUCCAACAGCUUAAGUAUGAAGAAGCAGAAAUUCUGAAAGAGGUGGAGAAAAGUGUUGAAAGUGUAAGAAAUGAUGUUAUGGCCACCCAUGUGACAGUGUCUGAUGCAAUCUUGGAGCUCCGGAAAAAAGUCGUAGGAAUUUUGAAAGAAAAGGAAGAAAGUGCUGAAUGCUUUAAAAAUUCUGUUGUGGCCAUUCAGGAAGUGAUGUCCAAGGCUGUAUCGGAACCUGUAAAUCAAAAAACGAAUUGUUUUCUAACAGCACCAGAAACAUUUGAGGAGGUUGCUGUCACUUUCUCAGAAGAGGAGUGGAAUAUAUUAAGUAAACAAGAUAAGGAACUACACAGGGAAGUCAUGAUGCAGAACUAUGAAAGCCUGGUAUCAGUAGGGUACAAAAUCCUCCCAGAAAAAUUAUUACUGCUACUUAAACAAGAUUGUGAUGAACACCCAAAGUGUGAUGUGAAGGGAAAAAAUAUCACAAAACAGCGUGGUAAUCCAGAAGGUAAAUUCAACAGUAAGUGA